UUGUAUGUACACGGAACACACUUUUAUAAUUAGACACAGUUGGAGGCUUGGUCUGAUAACAAUGUGAUAAACACCUCUGUGGAUAGUAUACUUAAAAAUUGUUCCAUUAUUGGGAGAGGUACCCUUUUAUUGUAGCAUAUCAUGGCUAAAAGUAUUUGAAUAAUUGUUACUAUCAGAUGUCAAAGAAAAUUAGAAUACUUAUUGUCAGAUAUUAUGAGUCAAUUAUUUAUAAAAUUUGCACCUUUGUUUCUCCCAACUUAAUGUGCACUUCUGAUUUUUAAAAUGCAAUUUAUUUUGAUGUAUGUAUAUGUGCAAACAAAUUCACAUGGGGUUUUUGUGUGCAUAAAUUUUCCUAGUUAUAUGCAUCCUUGAGGAAAAGUGGCAAGUUUCAAAUAUUGCCUUGAACCUAUGAAGAUAUGCAUAUACACGGUAAUGUGCUAUUUAGUAUUCCUUACAUAAUUUUUUAUUGGCAGGUUUUGUAGGAAAAAAAUCUCAUUCCUCUCAAAGGAAGAGACUUAAAAGUUGGGAAGAAGACAUCCAGAAAGAGAAAAGCGAGCAAGAAAAUAGAAAGUUGCUCCAUCAAAAAUGUGUUCUUCCCAAAAUGUGAUUAAAAAAAUUGAGCACACAAUAUAUAUCACUUUGUGGUGAAAAGGGACAGGGGAACUAAACUUUAUCAACUAGUUGACUGGACAUAAAAUAGAAAUGACACUUGCAACCCAAGUGACAUUUGGGUUCCAUUUAAUUUCACCCAAGAGCCACCGUACUCAGCUUGUGGUUCAGGUGGGUUCUACGGCAAGACUUAGGAAAGCCAUUUUACUGAGGGGCUGAUUCCAGUGUAGGUAGCCUAAAUGAAAGAAACAUUGCCUCAGGGAGAGUCAAAACAUUUUAUAGACCAAAGUUAUACUCCAUCAGUGCAUAUAUCAUGGGGCAAUAGAGGAAAUGCUUCUAACCCACUGAUUUCUAAAGGAUAUUUCUCAGCUGAGUUACCAAGAAGGAGGUUGUCUGGUGAAAAUGACUGGAGGAAUGUCUGGUACCUUGAACUGAUGAGCAAAGGAAUGGAGGUGACUAGGAGCAGCUGUAUCCCAGCCCAGAGUCAAAUGGAAACCAAAAGUUGAGAUAAAGACAUCCUGCCAAAAUGAUUUCUUCAAAGCCCAGACUUGUCAUACCUUAUGGCCUCAAGACUCUGCUGGAGGGAGUAAGCAGAGCUGUCCUCAAAGUCAACCCAUCAAACAUCAACCAGUUUGCAGCAAGUUAUUUUAAAGAACUUAUUGUGUUUAGAGAAGAGAAUGGGUGUCUGGACAUAAAAGAUCUGAUUAAACUAUUUCAUCAGCUUAAAGUAGAGAAAUGGUCAGAAGGAGUGACACAAGAGAAGAAAACAGAAUGUGUGAAAGAGUCAGAACAAACACCUUUAAUUUGUGAAGAACCUAAACGGAUGGAAAAAUCUACGGACACAGCAGAGGACAAUAUAUCUGCAACAUCACUUAACAACAAAACUACUCAGUUCCCGUCAUUUCAUGUUCCACCCCAAGAUGAGGAGACAACUGAAGCAAUCUGUGGUCCUUCAAAACCAGCCACCCCGAAGAGUUCCACCCCACCUUCCUCGCCAUCUCCAGAAGUGGCUUAUGUGCCCGCUGAUCCAGCUCAGUUUGCUGCACAGAUGCUAGGUAAAACUUCAUCUAUUAAUCCUUGUGAAUCUGAAGUUUUAAUGGUGGAUGUGGCAACAAGUAUGUCUACCAUUUUCAAGAAGGAUUCUGAGGAUGAAAGGGUGUCUAUAAAAUAUUCUGCAGAGGUAACUGAUCAGGGUGUGGACCGAGUAUCUGUUGAAAUAGAUUUGGGUUCUAAAGCUAAAGACGAUGAGGAUAAACCACUAUCAUGCCCCUUGCAGGAUGAACAAGAACCUCCUGCUGAACCAUUACCGUGCCCCUUGCAGGAUGAACAAGAACCUCCUGCGGAACCAUUAUCGUGCCCCUUGCAGGAUGAACAAGAACUUCCUGCUGAUGAUCAAGCUCCUGAGUGUCCUUUACAGGCAAAUACAACUCUCCUCAUACAAUCUAUCUAUAAUGAUAUGCCUGUGAUAGAAAGAGUUACUCUUGUAGGGCAAAUUCCAGAGCAUAGUGUUGAAAAAGAGCAGUCACCACCAGAGGUAGAGUCUGCAGAUUCCUCAGUGCUUAAAAGGGUAGUUUCUGAAAAGUCUCUGCACCCUGAAAUGAAUACCACUGAGACAGGCAAUAGCACUUCUGAGCAGGAGGAAGCUGCAGAGGCAGCUGACUCAGGUGGAUCUGUGAGAUCAUCGAUUGUCUCCUUCCCUUCUGCUCCAGAAAAGCUUACUGCAGAAGGUCCUACUGAGCCAGAAGACCUUACUGCAGCAGGUAGUACUGAAGCAGAAGGUUCUGCAGAGCCGGAAGAACCUACUGAAGAGGAAGGUUCUGCAGAACCUGAAGACCUUACUGAAGCAGAAGGUCCUACAGAACCUGAAGACCUUACUGAAGCAGAGGGUCCUGCAGAACCCGAAGAACUUACUGAAGCAGAAGGUCCUGCAGAGCCGGAAGACCUUACUGAAGCAGAAGGUCCUGCAGAACCCGAAGAACUUACUGAAGCAGAAGGUCCUGCAGAGCCGGAAGAACUUACUGAAGCAGAAGGUCCUGCAGAACCCGAAGAACUUACUGAAGCAGAAGGUUCUGCAGAGCCGGAAGAACUUACUGAAGCAGAAGGUCCUGCAGAACCCGAAGAACUUACUGAAGCAGAAGGUUCUGCAGAGCCGGAAGAACUUACUGAAGCAGAAGGUCCUGCAGAACCCGAAGACCUUACUGAAGCAGAAGGUCCUGCAGAACCCGAAGACCUUACUGAAGCAGAAGGUCCUGCAGAGCCAGAAGAACUUACUGAAGCAGAAGGUCCUGCAGAGCCAGAAGAACCUACUGAAGCAGAAGGUCCUGCAGAGCCAGAAGACCUUACUGAAGCAGAAGGUCCUGCAGAGCCAGAAGACCUUACUGAAGCAGAAGGUCCUGCAGAACCGGAAAAGGAUAAAGCACCUGAGCAAGGUUUGGUCAAGACAGCAAUAGCAGCAAGUGAAGCAGGACAACCACCACCAUAUUCUAACAUGUGGACCCUUUAUUGUCUAACUGAUAUGAAUCAACAAAGUCGCCCGUCACCGCCACCGCCACCUGGGCCUUUCCCCCAAGCAACCCUCUAUUUAUCUAAUCCUAAGGAACCACAGUUUCUGCAGCAUCCACCGAAAGUUACUUCUCCAACCUAUGUGAUGAUGGACGACAACAAGAAGACCAAUGCCCCACCUUUCAUUUUAGUAGGUUCCAAUGUUCAGGAAGCUCAGGAUUGGAAAACGCUUCCUGGACAUCCUGUUCCACAGUCGGAAGCCUUGAAGAGAUAUGCUGCAGUCCCAGUGCCCAUUGCGGUCCCCGCAGAACACAAAUUCCAGAAACAUGUCCCUACUCCCAAGAAUGCCAGUCCGCCUACAGGCAGACCAGAGGGCCCCAGACCCCAAAGUCCAGUUUUUCUUUCUGUUGCUUUCCCAGUAGAAGAUGUAGCAAAAAAGGUUUCACAAAAAGGUACAGGAUCUGGGGAAAAACCUGCCCCCUUUGGAAGUUACGGUAUUGCUGGAGAAAUUACCGUAACUACUGCCCAUGUUCGCAGAACAGAAAGUUAAAAACUGGUAGGUAAAGCUGCCUGCCAUAGUACGUGGGUCCUAACAAACCUGAGUUUUCCACAUUUUGAUUUGUUGAACUGGAAAUUGAGAUAUUUUAAAAAAUUAAAUUGAGAUAUGCAAAGAGUUGGAGUAUAAUCCAAUUGGAUGUGGUUAUUUUCUCCAACCUGCUCACCACA